CUGGCUGUCUGUCCUUGUGCACCUGCAGCCCUCCAACUACUUUGGAUGGGCUACUUCCCCUGUGCCCCACUGGGGCCAACACUUGCUGUUAGCCUACAGCUUCUUAGCUUUGUCCAACAACUCUUCAUGUGCAUACCUCCAAACACUUCAGCAUGGUGUGAGUCCCUUGAGGCAUACCUUGCAGCUAUGGGUUAUAAGGUGGACACAAAG